GUCUAGCGAAAUUCGUUCGAUCGUCGUCUCUCUCGCUCUCCGUUCCGGGAAGACGCGGAAGUUACAGCGUCGUAUUCUUCAAAGCGUCACAAAGUUGCACGCCGCACGGCGUGCGAUGCGACAAGUCGAUCGGAAAGAGAAGAAAUAGGUCUCCCGCGUGCACCCGCCUGCACUCCGAGGAGGCGUCGCGAGGCGCGAGAGAGUGCAGCUGAGUGCAGCGCGAAGCCGCGCGCAGUUAGCGCGAACGGCGAGCGGCGAGGGACCAAUCACGCGCGGCCAACCGCGAUCACGUGGCACGCUCCUGUCGUUACGUGUAUGUUCGCCGACCGACCGACCGAGAGGGCGCGACCUACGAGAGAAGGACGCACGCUCGGGGCGAGUGGUGCGCGAACACGAGGGAGACGAUAGGUUAGAUUCGCGUUAAAGAGAAAGAGAAACCGUGCCGCGCUGGCAUCGGCACCGACGAGCGGCGAGAGGGGUGGUGGCGAUAUACACAUACACGCGAGAUAUACCCUCUUGUGCUCCGCGCGCGCUCCUAUGACAUACGUAUUCGUUGAGAUACACACACACACACACACACACACACACACACACACAUAUAUGCGCUACGGUAAACGUACAACAAACGAAAGAGCGCGCACGAGAGGAGAGAGGGAGGAACGGACCAAGCGAGCGCCGUUACGAUAAAAGAGAAUCUCUCAGAGAGCGUACUCGCAGAGCCGUUUCAUGAUCGUGGCAGCUAUGCUCCACGCCGUCGCCGCCGCCGUCGUCGCCGUCGCCGUCGCCGUCGUCGUCGUCGCCGCCGCCGCCGCCGUUGUAGGGCGCCUACCUAGCUAGUUUCGACGGGGCCGCGUCUCGGUCAUACCCGUCAGUUAACAAACGAACACGAGAACGUUACGACGCGUGAGCGCUACUCUGCUCCCGUCGUCGUCACCGUCGCUUGCCGCUUGCCGUCGUCUCAGCCGCUGCCGCUGCCGUCGCCGUCAUCGUCGCUGUCGUUGUUGGUCCUUUUGCCGUCGUCGCCGUCGCCACCGCCGUCGUCGUAGCUUCCCUGAAGAUGACCAUAAUAGUAUUUCUGAUCGACACGUCGGCCUCUAUGAAUCAGAGGGCUUAUUUGGGUGGGCGGCCCACGCUCUUGGACGUAGCCAAGAGCGCCGUGGAAACCUUCGUGAAGGUACGCCCGGAGGUUGCGGACGCAGCUCGUUACCCGCUGCGUCGCGCCACACCGCGCCAUGCCGCGCCGCACCGCACCGCACCGCGGUGAGCCGAGCUGAGUCGAGUCACCGUCCUCGUCGUCCAGUGCGCGGUGCUGUGAGGGAUGGAGAAGAAGGGGAGGGAGAAGAAGGGAAGGAAAGGAAGAGGGAAGUAUAAACCCGUCUCUUCUUUCCGCGUUAUCUCCAUAUCUCUUUUUCUCUCUCUCGCUCUCUCUCUCUCUUUCUCUCUCAGGCCACCUAGCCUUCUCGGCGACGAGGAUUGUGACGAACGUCGGCACGCGGUUCCGCAUGUGCGGCAGAGAUCGCCGGAGAGCCGCGGGGAUCGUUACAUGCUCCUGACCUUCGAAGAUCCACCUCAGAACAUCAAGGCAGGAUGGAAGGAGAAUCUGGCAACUUUCAUGAACGAACUGAAGAACUUGCAGUGCAUUGGCUUGACAACACUAGGUGCCGCCUUGAAGCACGCAUUGGACGUGCUCAACAUAAAUCGUAUGCAGACUGGUAUAGAUACAUAUGGACAAGGGAGAUGCCCAUUUUAUUUAGAGCCGUCCGUUAUAGUCGUUAUAACAGAUGGAGGAAAAUAUACGACUGUUAAUGGAGUCCACCAAGAUUUUACAUUACCGAUGCAUUCCCCAAUACCUGGAUCGGAACUGACAAAAGAGCCAUUUAGAUGGGACCAAAGAUUAUUCUCUUUGGUACUACGAUUAUCAGGAACACCGGCCGUUGAACGAGAUAUCGGAUUAGUCGCGAGUGACGCAUCACCGAUAGAUGCAAUGUGUGAAGUGACUGGAGGCCGCUCGUACUGCAUCACGUCUUUUAGAAUGAUGAUCCAGUGCAUAGAUUCGCUGGUGCAAAAGGUACAAUCGGGUGUGGUAAUAAAUUUCGAAAAAAUUGGUCCUGAUCCACCGCCAUUGGUCCUUGAAGGCCAACAGACUGCGGCGCAACAUCAGGAGGAGGAAGAGAACGAAGAGGACGGUAAUGCAACAAACGGACUACGCGCUCAGUAUCCUAAUGUGCCAGUUCCAGCUGUAGCGCCAGCGCCAGCUCUAGCUUCAGCGCCAACGCCAGUUUCAACUUCAACUGUAGCUCCAGUUCCAAUUUCAACUCCAAUUCAAGGUCAAGUUCCAGUUCAAGCUCAAGCUCCAACUCAAGCUCCUGCAAACACGGCCUGGCAUUCUUGUAGACGUUUGAUCUAUGUGCCGCGGUCAGCUCAGAAGGGGUUUGCAGUAGGUUUCUGGCCAAUCCCCGAGAGUUUCUGGCCGGAUCUUAGCGCUAGUUCGUUACCACCAAGAUCGGCGCACCCGAACGUCAAAUUCACAUGCACCAGUCAAGAACCGAUGGUGAUCGAAAACCUGCCAUUUGACAAGUACGAGCUAGAACCUAGCCCUCUGACACAGUAUAUCUUAGCUCGAAAACAGCCGACAACAUGUUGGCAAGUGUUUGUCGCAAAUUCGUAUAAGUCAAGUGAAGUGGGUCAUCCAUUUGGUUACUUGAAAGCUAGUACAAACUUGACGUGUGUAAAUCUGUUUGUCAUGCCUUAUAACUAUCCUGUGCUAUUACCGCUAUUGGAAGAGCUCUUCAAGGUGCACAGGCAAAAACCAACACCCGAAUGGAGGGCGCAGUUUCAGAGUUACAUAAGGACCAUGCCUACUUAUUAUGCUGCCUCGUUGAGGAGAGCGCUAACUAGGAUGGGGGCAUCUGCACCUCUGGCACAAACCUUGAUACCCGAUAAUAUGGAUAAUUCUUUAUCGUAUAGCGUUUUAAACUAUUUAAAGCGAUUGAAGAAUCAAGCCAAGAUCGAAUUUGAUCGUCUCUGUAAUGAGGUUAUUUCUAAGCAAGUCGCUGCUUCGAAUCUUACGAAGAAUUUAACUAAUUGUACCACGAGCGUGGUGACGGAAGGAGUGAGAGUUAUACCAAAGACACCGCUGAAAAAAGAUUUGGUGUCCCAUCCUUUGUUGCAAGACAAAUUCACAGGUCUCCGCGACCAACUGAACGAGUUCGGAGGUUUUGUUGUUGGGAUAGUGAAGAAUCAGCAGCAGCAACGUGGCGCGCACAGUUACAGGAACGCCUUCGAUGUACCGAGGAAGUCGCUGCUCGAUCAAGUCGUGCGGAUGCGCGCGAAUUUUCUGCAGCCUGGCUUGUUGCAUACAAAAUUACUUGAUGACGAUUACGUUCAUUCGAUGCCUCUAGCUCAAAUGGGAAAUUAUCAGGAGUACCUGAAACGCAUGACUCCGCCGUUGAGAGAGAUUGAAAGUGUACCAGUUAGACAGCACAUGUUUGGCAAUCCCUUUAAGAUAGACAAGAGAAUGAUGGUAGAUGAGGCAGACAUCGAUAUGGUCGGCGCGACAUCUUCGACAUCGAAAGGCGGUCUCAAGCGGACCUUGCCGCAAUCGGACAGCGUGGGCUCGUCCUCUCCGAGACCACCACCUAACAAGAGAAAACCUGGACCUAUACCGAAAGACGUAAUUGUGCGACGGCCUUCGUAUUCGCCUACUAAUACUCCACCGAGUUCGCCGAUUCCCUGGGUGAUAGAGGAGACGAAGAGUCAAGUGACGGGGACGACAGCUGCAGCAACAGCAGCAGCAACAACAAUAACACCGACACCAAUCGCCGAUAUGAGCACUCCGCCGGUUUUGUGUUUGUCCAACGUAUCGCACGUGUCGUUGCCGUGUUCAAGCGUGUCCGAAAAGUUGGUAAACGGUCUCGCGGAAAUGCCGAUUAUACCAGUUUUCGAGCCGAUCCCGGUGGAACACGUUAACAACCAUAUGGACACGCCGCCCGUUCUUACGCCGAUAAUUAACAAUGUCGACGCGAUAUCGAAGAGUGAUGUUAAAAGUGAACGGACAGAUAACGCGAGGAACGAGUGUAGUCGAUUACCACCAAUUAACGAUUGCAUCGAGAAUAACGUGCGAGUAGUGGACAACAGUGCUACCGAGGAGAAAUUGACAAAUCACGUAGAGGAGAAGCGGGAACCGAAGACGGAGAAGGAGAGGAAACUGACGAAGAAAGAACUGGAAGACAUCAGGCGGCACAAUUUGAGUAUCCGGACACUUGUUUACAAGGAAGUACGAAGAAGAGGGAAAAAUUACGCAACACUGUUUUCACACUUACAUCAAGUUCAGGGGACCCUAGAUAUACGGCUUGCGUUUGUACAAGACAUAGUAAAAGAAUCAUUACGCUUUAAACGCCAUAACUUGGCAUCACUGUUAGAAGAAUAUCUUAAAACCAUUCAAGAGGACAGUUGCACUAUAAAUCACAAGCUGAAUCACAAUGGUGCCACGAAGAUAAGUUAUUAAGAUACAUGCGUAAUCAGGGCAUUAUCUUAAUGGUAUAGAAGACAUGUUGUGAGAAAAUCUUUGUGUAGGUUUUUGUCAGAGAUCUUAGCGGUUUUGAUCUUUUUGGAAUCAGAUUGCUUUUGACAAUUUCUGAAAAAACUUGCGCAAUUUUGAGUGAAUUUCCAUUACAUUUUUUAUGGUAAAUUUCAAUAGCAUUUUCGACGUCAACCACGAAAAGUCGUCUCUUUUAUCUUAUAUACUUUUGCACGUGAUCAAUUGUUAAAAAAGCUUUGGAUGUAUUAUCACGUGGCACUCUGCAGCCAUGAAUUAAAGCAAUAAUUAAUUUAUCACUAGUGAUGUGAAAAAAAUAGAGCAAUAUAUCCAGCCAUGUAUACCAACUUCUAUUAUAUUUCUCGAUUGAUAAUAUGUAUGAUUGAUAAUAUAUUUUUUUCUAAAAUUUAUUAUUAUUUUAAAUCUUAUGACCACAUUCAUAAUUAGGCCUUAUAUUCAAGCUUUCCUUAAGUUUAUCUUCAGAUUCCGUACAGAUUAUUUUAUUGGUUACAGAACAUCUGAAGGUAAAUUUGAAGACUUCUUGAAUAUAAGAUGUGACUAUGAGUACGGGCAUUAAUCUAAUCCGGGAUUUUCUCAUCCUGGGUGAUAAUAUCCCAAAUAAUACAACACAUAAUUGUAACAUAAUAUAUUCACAUACGUACGUUUAUUAUCCUUCAUCGGUACACGCGUGUUUGUAUAUUGUUACAUGCAAAUACGUGUUCUUGUAUAUUUUUCGUUUCGUCGUCUAUUAUAAUGUACUUUUUCAUCUCGGAAUUUUGCCGGAUAUCAUUUGGCGCACAUAUUGAAAAUGUCUUGGAUGCUGGCAUACAAGACAACAUAAUUGCGCGUAUGCAGGAUAAUAAUGGAUUGUUUAUAUUUAUUCUUUAAAUGUGAAACUGUAUUCAAAGAUUUUUCUAAAUGCAAGUGCAAUCAAAUGAAUCAGCAUAAUUCUAUCCAACCCUUAGCGCCCAAUGUCGAAAUUAGGACAGAAUAAUUAAUUACACUUUUACACCCUUACAUUUUACAUUUUCUAUUACAUUUAACCUAUUUAUAGUUACUUGUGAUCAAUACUAUUAAGUUUAAUAAAAUGCCAUAGUUUAACACUGUAUCGAAUUGUAGCAAAUUCUGUUGUGUACUUUGAUGUCAUGAAAACAAAUCAAGACCUGGCUUUCUAUCGAUGACACACAGUAAUGAUCGCAAUUUUUAUAUACAGAUAAUUUUAUAUAAAGAUUGAGAACAUAUCUUAUUAUGUGUGAGGAGAAAAAUUGUAGAAAAUAGCACAUAAAAAAUUAUUGUAUAAUUUACUAAAUUAAAAUAUUACUAACGAGUAAAAA